UAGCCCUUUCCGAGGGCGAUUCCGGCGGGAGAGGCUUGGUCGACUCGUCUCGUGACCGGAGAGGAUGGAGAGCCUGAGGAGGUUCCUGAACCCGCUGGUGCUCAACCUGCAGAAGAUGGAGCUGGAGCUCACCUGCCCCGUCUGCCUGAAGUUGCUCUGCGCGCCCACAACGCUACCGUGCCACCACACAUCCUGCAGCAAGUGUGCCACCACGCCGACUUCUAAUGGCUAUAGCUGCGCCAUUUGCAAAUCAGCCUAUCAUUCUCAAGAUUUAAGGCCAGCUUCUCACCUUGAGGCGAUAGUGAGCAUUCACAGGAGCCUAAGCUCCACAGUCAGCACCAUGGUUCAAGAGCAGGAUGCUCAAGUUCACAUUCCUGUUGCAAAGACAGCGUCUCAUGGAACACCAGAAUCGGGGAACAGAAGUGGGGUAGAGAAAUCUGACAUGAAAACUUUCAGCCCAGUUGCUUCGAAGUUAGUAUAUAACCAAUCAACCGGCCCUGAAUUUGGGAACAUGGAUGGUAUUCAAACAAGAGAUCCUGCAUUUGAGAACAAAGCUGCUGAUGCAGCUGUUGCAACAACUGUCCUUGUACAAAAGGGGCAUUCUGGGUCACAAUCUUCUGAUGGUCCUGGGGAUUUGGACUGUGACAGCUAUGAUCUUGAAGGGGAACUGAUAACAAGCAGAUCACCUCCUCAAACUGCACUGAAAAGAGAGGCAAAUGUAAUGGAUGAUCAUACCAGAGAAUUGAAGAAGCAAAAACCAAAUGAUCAGGUUCAAAGACAAACAACCGGUGAUUGGAAAUGUGAAUUUUGUCAUUCUUCCCAAGUCACUGAGUGUACUGGACCUUUGUCACAUUAUCUACAUGGGGAGCCAUUAGAGGCUGACCAAGCUUGGAAAUCAAAUGUUCAGCAUGUCCAUGAGAAAUGCAUUGAAUGGGCUCCCCAAGCAUUCUUUACUGGUGAGAUCGCGAACAACUUGGAGCCUGAGUUGGCCCGUGCUUCUAAGAUCAAGUGCAGUGUUUGUGGCUUGAAAGGUGCAGCACUUGGUUGCCUUGUUAAGAGCUGCCGCAAGAGCUUUCAUGUCCCAUGUGCCCACAAGAUCAAAGGCUGCAGAUGGGAUGAAGAAAACUUUGUUAUGCUGUGUCCUACUCAUUCAUCAAAAAAGUUGCCUUGUGAGAGAUCAAAGUCAAAAAAGAAGGCCAAGCUACUACAACCAUCUUCUGACAUUGAUGAUCUGAAUUCACCUUCUCCAAUGCAAAUGGAUGAACAUUGGAUCACCUCACCUGUUCUGACUAGUGAGCGGGUGAUAUGUGGAUCCGCCCUCAAUGGCCGUGAGAGGGAACUCUUGGAUCAAUUUGAGCAUCAAACUGGGAUUACAGUAACUAACAGUUGGAGCUCGAAUGUGACUCAUGUGAUUGCUAAUACAGAUGAACGUGGGGCAUGUGCUAGGACACUCAAGGUUCUAAUGGCUAUUUUAGCGGGGAAAUGGGUUCUCAAUGUAAAUUGGUUGAGAGCCUGUAUUGAGGCUAGAGAACUAAUCCCAGAAGAGCCCUAUGAAGUCAGGUGUGAUGUUCAUGGCUCUUUUGAUGGCCCUCGCACAGGAAGACUUCGAGCGAUGCAACAGGCACCAAGUCUGUUUGCCGGGUUGACCUUCUAUUUCAGUGGCCAUUUCAUGCCAGCAUACAAGGUUAGCCUUGAAGAUUUGAUUACUGCAGCAGGGGGGUCGAUUUUGGAGAAGACCGAGCUUUCUAGUACAUCCUUAAUUCUCUACAGUGUAGAGCCGCCACAAGGAAGCAAUCUAGACUCCCUUAAUGAGAUCAUCAAGAAGAGAGAAGCUGAGGCUCAAGAAUCGGCAGCGGCAGUUGGCUGCAGAGCUAUUCCUCACACAUGGCUUCUGGAUUCUAUUGCAUCUUGCACCCUGCAGUUGACGGUGUGACACUGUACCUAGUUUCAGAUAUAGGAAUGUAGUUUUUGCUUUUUUUCCCUUUAAAAAAGGAUAUUAGGAUGAGAUUGACAUGUUGUCUUGUUGAUCCAAAAUAUCUUCAGAGUUCAGAUGUUGUAACAUGAGCGCAAUUCAUUUGGAAUAAACUUGUGUACCUCAGGCAGUGUUACUGUCGGUGAUGUCAUUCACAUGUUUCACCUACUGAUAGGUGCAGUCGGUCU